AACAGGUUGUUCCUGUUCAGUUCUCACUGAGGAGAGACACACAGUUGGAGAGACAGACGGUAAGAUUUACCUUCAUUACACAGCUGUGACUUUAACUGAGGGAGGACAGUUACAGGACGGAGGACUGAAGAAUUCUGAAGUACUCUGAAGGACUUCAACCUGCUGCUGAAUGAAAAAACUCUCAAAGACUCAAAGUGAAAGUAACUGAGGCAACUUUUUACGGCAGGGCGGGAACCAUAACUGACCAACCUCUUUAACGUGUUGUCUGCUGUUUCCAGCUGCACUCAGAGACAAAUGGCUUCCAGAUUAGAGGAGGGUCUCUGCUGUCCGGUCUGUCAUGAGGUCUUUAGAGAUCCUGUUGUUCUGUCAUGCAGCCACAGCUUCUGUAAAGACUGUCUGAAGAGCUGGUGGAAGGAGAAACAGACACGUGACUGUCCAGUUUGUAAAAGAUCUUCAAAGAAUCAACCACUUUUAAGCCUGACUUUAAAGAACCUGUGUGAGAGUUUCUUACAGGAGAGAGAUCAGAGAUCUUCAGAGGCUCUCUGCAGUCUGCACUCUGAGAAACUCAAACUCUUCUGUCUGGACCAUCAGCAACCAGUGUGUGUUGUCUGCAGAGAUUCAAAAAAACACACCAACCACAGAUUCAGACCCAUUGAUGAAGCUGCACAGGAUCACAAAAAGAAGCUCCAGAAAUCUCUGGAGCCUUUAAAGGAGAAGUUAAAGGUUUGUGAAGGAGUUAAAGUGAAGUUUGAUCAAACAGCAGAACACAUGAAGGUCCAGGCCCGACACACAGAGAGGCUGAUUAAGGAGCAGUUUAAGAAGCUUCACCAGUUUCUAGAAGAGGAAGAGGAGGCCAGGCUGGCUGCACUGAGGGAGGAAGAGGAGCAGAAGAGUCAGAUAAUGAAGGAGAAGAUGGAGGCCCUGAGCAGAGAGAUAGCAGCUCUUUCAGACACAGUCAGAGCCACAGAGGAGGAGCUGAGAGCUGAAGACGUCUCAUUCCUGAACAACUACAAGGCUGCAGUGGAAAGAGUCCAGCAGCGCCCCCUGCUGGAGGAUCCACAGCUGCCCUCAGGAGCUCUGAUAGACGAGGCCAAACACCUGGGCAACCUGACCUUCAACAUCUGGAACAAGAUGAAGGACAUGGUCUCCUACACUCCUGUGAUUCUGGAUCCAAACACUGCUCAUCCAGAACUCGUCCUGUCUGAAGAUCUGACCAGUGUGAGAGCAGGAGAGGAACAGCAGCUUCCUGAUAAUCCAGAGAGGUUUGAUUAUUACGGCUCUGUUCUGGGCUCUAAGGGCUUUAACUCAGGGACUCACAGCUGGGAUGUCGAGGUUGGAUACAGUACAGUCUGGUUACUCGGUGUGUUUGCAGAGUCUGUCCAGAGGAAGGGAAUCAUAGAGUCUGGAUUAUGGAGAAUACAGUUCUAUAAAGGUAAAUACUCAGCACGGUCACCACCAGCUCCAUCCACUGGUCUCGUAGUUCAGAAGAAGGUCCAGAGGAUCAGAGUGAAUCUGGACUGGAACAGAGGAAAGCUGUCGUUCUCUGAUCCUGAUACUAACACACACAUACACACCAUCACACACACUUUCACUGAGAGGAUGUUUCCAUACAUUAACACUGUGAAUAAAGUGAAGGUCAGUGUGACAGUGGAACAGAGCAGUUAGAGAUAAAGAGGAUGAUUAUAUUCAUCAUGUUUGUUUCAAAGUUAUUUAUUUGGCCUUUUGUUGGCUCUAUUGAUAGUGACAGCUGUAGAGAGACAGGAAAGGUGGGUGGAGAGAGAGGAUGACACGCAGCAAAGGGCCGCAGGUCAGAUUUGAACCUGUGCCGCUGCAGCAACUCCGUAUAUGGGUCACCAGCUCUACCAACUGAGAUAACUGGGCGCCCAUAUUCAUCAUGUUUUAAAGGUAAAAGUCUCUGAAUAGUAAAAUGAUCUUUUAUUAAAUGUGUAUGUGUGAGGGACGAGUACAGAGACACUGACAGCAGCAGAAACAGUGUCCAAUGUACACGUGUAUAUAGCGGAAGCUCCUCAACAAUGAUUACUAAAUACUGACUCUCAUAUCUUCAAAUUGUCUCAAAGAAGGAAUCUCCCAAACCCUCAGUGACACCCAGUCAGGAUUUAUCAAAUCAAAUCAAGUUUAUUUGUAUAGCCCUUUACAAUAGCCGAAAGGUACCCAAAGUGCUUUACAACAAAGCCAUAAAACAAUACAUAACAUAUACAUAACAUACAAAUACAAUUAAAAGUGCUGCGGCGCUGCAGGGUAUUAAAAGCCUUCCAGAAAUGCAUAGAAAAGAGCAGACAGAAAGAGUACACCUAGGAGACAGUACUGCCCUAGUCAGAAUUGAAUGCUAAUCUAAAAAAGUGGGUCUUAAGCUUCAAUUUAAAAAGGCUGAGAUCAGUAGUGGUGCGAAUGUCAUGGGGCAGUUUGUUCCACAGUCUGGGAGCAGCGAUGGCAAAAGAACGAUCACCCCACUGUUUAAGUCUCGACUUAGGGACCUCUAACAGAAGCUGACCCGAAGAGCGCAGGGCUCUGUCACAAUUGCGAAAAGUUAAAAUCUCUAACAAGUAAGAGGGGGCCAAGCCAUUAAUGGCAUUAAAAACAAACAACAGAAGUUGAAAAUCAAUUCUAAAAUGGACUGGAAGCUAGUGGAGUGACGACAGCACAGGGGUAAUGUGUUCGCGUCUGGACCUGCUUGUUAAAAAUCGGGCAGCAGCGUUCUGCACAAGUUGGAGACGAGAAGAUUUAUGAGAGGUUGACCAAUGUAUAACAACGAGCACCGAGUCCUAGACCUGCUUGAAUACAGUGAUUAUAUCAAUGAUGAUGGCUUUAUUCUUUGUCUGUAUUUGUAUAAAGCUGUUGACGUGGUAGAACAGAUCUUUGGAACUGAGUGGCUUUAGAGAGAAUUUCAGAAACGUAAUGAAAUGCUUUUAUCACGACAGCAACAGCUCAAUAUCUUUAUCAGGUGGUUCUUCCCCUCGUUUUACAGUGAACAGAGGUAGAAAACAAGGCUGUCCAAUUUCACCAUCACUCUUCUUAGUGGCAGCGGAAAGGCUCUCAGUUCUUAUCAAAAGUUCACAUAUUGUAACCAGAUGAGUAACCAGAUGUGUUGUAACUCAGAUAAUGCAGACCUUGUGCUCAUGUUUUGGAAAUGUACAGAUUGAAGUUUUUUGGAACAACCGUUAUAAACAUAUAUCAGAAAUACUGCAGACAGUAAUUACACUGGACCCCCCCAAUAUCUAUUCUGGGUGAAGCAGAAAUGCUCAAAGAGAUUAAUAAUGAGGAGAAGAAACUAAUAUGAUUAAUAAUGACAGCAGCAACAAAAUGUACAUUAACUAUUGUCAUAUUGCCCCCCAGAAACAAUCCUGUACAAUGUUAAAGGGAAACCAAUGAAAUGUGACAGGAUGUGGGGCAAACUUGUUCCCAAUAUACAAACAAUAGAGGGGCAGUUAUUGCUAUAGAUAUAUACAUUUGUGUAUGAAGUGAGGCUGUGAUUGAUUGUUGAUUUUAAUGAGAGUCUGAGAGGGAGCUGAAUAUGUGUGUGUUUGUUGUGCUGGAGGGAUGGGCCAAUGGAUUGUGUCAAUGUUUUAAUGACUGUCAAAUUCAAACAAUAAAGAGAGAAUUAUGAAAUGGAAAAAUAAA